AAAAUUAAGAGCUGAAGACAGAAACUCUAUCGUGAAUGUGAUAUGGUUGGGUCCGUCACUGUCAUCUGAUGAUUCGAUGUCGCAAUAGCCGUCUGAGCUCUGUUUUCUCUCUCUCUCUCUCUCUCUCUCUCUCUCUCUUUUGAAAUACGAAAUCUUUUGCCUUGCGCCCGAGGAGGCUGAAAUUCAUGAUUCUACGACUCCCAUUAAGGUUAAAGUCUCCCAAAGCAUCGACCUUGAGGCUGUUCAUCUCAACGAUGGCUGAAUCUGUAUCCAGGGAUUACACUUGUUUGAUCGAUGCUUGCAAAACGAUGGACCAACUCAAGCAAAUGCACUCUCUAUGCAUUACAACAGGUAUGGGAUCAGACCCAAGAAUCCAGAAAAAGCUUCUUGUCUGUUGCUGUAGCAGGCGAGGCGGCGAAAUGGGUCACGCCUGUAAACUGUUCGACAGAAUGCAUGAACGGGAUUUGGUGGUGUGGAACACCAUGAUCAAGGGGUGGUCCAAGGUGGGUUGUGAUGGGAAAGGAGUAACGUUGUAUAUGACGAUGUUGAAGAACGGUGUGAUGCCGGAUUAUUACACGUUUCCCUUCUUGUUGAAUGGUCUUAAUCGGGACUGCGCGUCAGAUUGCUGUAGGCAGCUGCAUUGCCAUGUCGUGAAGUUCGGGUUUGAGUCUAACGUGUAUGUGCAGAAUGGGAUUGUUUAUAUGUAUUCUUUGUGUGGUUUAAUGGAUAUGGCUCGUAGGGUUUUCGAUAUGAGAUCUAAAGAUGAUGUCUUUGCUUGGAACUUGAUGCUCUCAGGGUAUAACAGGAUGAACCAAUACGAAGAAAGCAGGGCGCUUUUUCUCGAGAUGGAGGUAAACAUGGUAUUCCCCACUCGGGUUACCUUAGUUCUCAUCCUUGCUGCUUGUUCCAAGUUAAGGGACAAAGAUCUAUGCAGAAGGGUUCAUGGAUAUGUGAAAGAGUGUAAGAUGGAACCCGGAUUGAAGUUGGAGAAUGCUUUGAUCAAUGCAUAUGCAGCUUGCAACGAAAUGGAUGUAGCGGAAGGGAUCUUCAAGAGUAUGAAGAUUAGGGAUGUGAUUUCGUGGACGUCUAUCGUAAAAGGGUUUGUUGAGACAGGAAAUCUAGAGCUGGCAAGGACAUAUUUUGAUCAGAUGCCGGAGAGAGACAAUGUUUCAUGGACAGCCAUAAUAGAUGGUUACUUACGAGCUGGAUUCUUCAAAGAGUCUCUAGAACUUUUCCGUCAGAUGCAAAGCUCGGGUAUCAAACCCGAUGAGUACACCAUGGUAAGUGUUAUUACGGCUUGUUCCCAUCUCGGUGCCUUGGAGAUAGGUGAAUGGGCAAAGACAUACAUAGACAGAUACAAGAUCAAGAAUGAUGUUGUUGUGGGGAAUGCUCUGAUUGAUAUGUAUUUCAAAUGUGGAUGUGUGAGUAAAGCACAGAAGAUUUUCAAUGACAUGAUUAGGAAGGACAAGUUCACAUGGACAGCUAUGGUUGUUGGUCUUGCCAACAAUGGCCAUGGAGAAGAAGCGCUCAAAUUCUUCUCCCAAAUGGUCGUUAAGUCGAUACAACCAGAUGAGAUAACUUACCUCGGAGUACUUUCAGCUUGUUCCCAUACUGGAAUGGUAGACCAAGGAAGAAACUUUUUUGCGAAGAUGACCAGUGAACAUGGAAUCGAGCCGAGAUUAGUACAUUACGGGUGUAUGGUCGAUCUCCUCAGCCGAGCCGGGAUGGUUAAGGAAGCGUACGAGGUAAUACUUAACAUGCCGAUGAAUCCAAACUCAAUCAUAUGGGGAACCCUCCUCAGUGCCUGCAGAGUUCAUAAAGAUACACAGCUUGCUGAAUUGGCUGCUGAGAAAAUUCUCCAACUGGAACAGGAGAAUGGAGCUGUUUAUACUUUGUUAUGCAACACAUAUGCAGCUUGUGGAAGAUGGGAGGACUUGAGAGGUUUAAGAAGAAAGAUGAUGGAAAGAGGAAUCAAGAAGAAACCAGGUUUUAGCUCAAUUGAGGUGGAUGGUUUCAUUCAUGAAUUUGUUGCUGGGGACAGAACACAUCUUCAAGCUGAUGAUAUUUACAUGGAAUUAGAAGAAAUGACACAUGAAUUGAAGCUUGCUGGAUAUUUACCCGAUACGACUGAGGCAUUGUUAGAAUAUGGGUAAAGAGAAUUUAGCUACCAAAGAUUGGGGGUUUGAUUGAUUCAGAAGACAUGGAUACAUUUCAAGACCAUACAAACUGAAAAGUGCUCAGAUCCGGGUACCUGACUCAACCCGAUGAGUUUGGACCUGGUGAUGACGAAAACUCGGCCUUUCGGGUGUCACAUGGCAAGAAUCCACACCAGACCAAUCUCCAAGUUCCGUGCAGACAAAGUUCAGAAGAGCUACACAUAACUUACAUUGACCAUUUCAAAUAUGUCUGAUUAGGAUGGCAAAGAAAAGGGUCAACUCCAUGUUUUGAAAAACUGAAAUAUGUACUCAGAAUGUUGAGUGUUCCCCAUUUAUGUUUGCGCUAUA